AUGCCACCUUUAGAUUCUCCAGUUGACAAACCGUCCUCCUCAACACCGAAGAAAAGUUCUGAAUUGCGACCAUCUAGUAGCGAUGCCAAAAUUGACAACUUAUCCACCCAUUUAGUAUCAUCGAGUAAUCAUGGAGUAAAGGGAAGGAGGUCAUCAAUCUCGAAGGCGAAGGACUCGAUACCGGAUUCCCCUAUCGGUGCAAAAGCACCCUCGAUAUCCAGCGACAUGGAAAUAGCUAGUAACAAUGAGGCUCAGAUCAUGACAUCGUCUAGUGUUCAUAAACCCAAAAACGAGCAUACAGAAGAAUUAAAGAUUUCACUUCCCGGCCGGAGACAAAGCUUACCCCCAGGAAGGAUACCAUUGCACGAGCAGGCCGAGGAGGUGGAGCGACUUCGAGCUAUGAAUGCGCAAAUGCAGUUAAAUCAACAUAGAGAGAGACUGUCUAAACAACUAGAUGAUAGGGACGCAGUUCAAGGAAACACGGCGCUUACUAGGAUUGGUGGUAAGGCUCGAGUAUCCCCCAUUCAUGAAGAAAUGAUAUCACCAUCGCUAGAAGCAGCAUUUGCUAGUCCGCUGCCAACUGGUAUGGAAACAGCGUCGACCGAGUCUGCUAAGACCAUACGAGGAGGUGAAACACCAGCCGCGCUACAAGCAAAAACUCCAUCAUAUCCAUUCCCAUCCAUGCGAACUCCGAGGCAGCUUAGCUACAAUGGCCACCGCCCUUUCACCGCACUUUCACCAACAGUAAAUCCAACAAACUUUGCAGGUGGCUCUUUUUAUGAAGGACCACAUGAUCGAGUUCUAUCAGGACCGGUAACUCCAACAUCGGGCCUUGAUUUUCAGCCAGCAGGUUCACACAUGUCAAGGGAUGAUUCAAAUUCUGAAACACCCAAUCUCUAUGAUCUUAGUCUCAUGCUGUCUGCCGAACCUGGCCUUGAUCCAUGGUGGUCAACUGUUGUAGAUAUAAUGAGAGAUGUCUACAAGGCUGAUAGAGUAACUCUAUCUGUGCCUGCAGAUACGACCGACAUUGAGAAUGUUCCAUGGGGCCAGAAAGCAACAUUCAAUGCAGCAGAAGAGGAUGUAUUAAGUUUGACCUACUUACCUCGAGGCAGCAGUCUCAUACCCAGCAGCAGUGGUGAUACACUCGAGACUUCGGCUUCCGAAGGAUAUGCAUCUGGAGACUCACCGCCAGCGCCCAUAAUGACUCGACCUGGUCUUACCAGUAGACACUCUUUCACUAGCUAUGAAGCAACAAAGAGGGAUCCUACAUCGUUUUCCGAAACUGGGAGAAAUAUUGCUGCCCGACCUCCACCUCUCACUCGUGCAAAAAGCUACCUUUCUGCUCGCCAUGAUCAACCACCACGAACUGCCACACUUCAAAAUGCACAACUCAGUUUGCAAGCACUGGAAGACCACAUAGCUUUUGAGGAGGGGAAGCCUGCUGCGAGUUGGGAAAAUAUUGACCAAUCAAACAGAGAUGUGCAAGGACGUGUAUUUUCGGUAUUGCAAGCUUUAGACUAUGAAGCUGAUCCAUUGAUCGAUAGCAGUGGUGUGUUGCGAGUUUUGGAGAGAGAAAGAGUUGUUGCUUUGACACGAGAUUAUCCAUACUUGGAUGACCCAGCAGAAGAAGAUAAAGCUGCCGAAAGCAUGCCGCCGACACAAGGUUCAAAAAUAGAGUCUCUUGGACGACCGAAAAAAAUCAAAGCACCAGAAUUGGGUGGACGAACUCAAUCUCUUUUUGGAAGCAAACCUAGUAAACGACCAAGCCUAAGCCUUCGUCAUCAAACCAGUGAAAGAGGAAAAGGUAUGCAUACAGAAGGGACAGCAGAACCUCCGUUAUCCAUUUCGAGAUAUGAAGAAUACGAACAAACUCCACAAUCACCAUGGUCACAAUCCCCAGCUCCUUCCCCGGCUGUGAGAGUAGAGACAACGGAGAAUCCUUUCUUUGCGAAUUCGGCAGUGGAUGAAGAAACUUUUAACCCAAAUCGCACACCACAAGAUUAUUCUAAAAUGCAACAAGUUGAAGCUAUUGGAGUCGAUAGAUCUUGGACUGUUCUACAUAUUCCCUUGACUCAUCCGUUACUUUCCAAGCCAGUUCAAUCAUUUCGGUUAGAUGCCGCCGCAAUGGAAUCAAAGUCUGCUGGUCGUGGCAGAGGCAUUGAUCAACUACCAAAAUACUCUGACCCUUCAAAAGGACAAGGGGCAGAGCCAGUCAGAGAGAAGCGAGCCCCAAUUGCAAUACUCUCGAUACUCAGCCCUGUUAUUCCUUAUCCGUCUGUCCUCCGACACUCUUUAGAACAUCUCUCGCCACAUAUGGCUACAUCAUUCUCCCUCUGUCGACAUUAUUCCAACCUUGAGACCGAGGUCGCAGGUCUAUCUCGAAAACGUCCUCACACUACUGGAUUUGGUGCCAUUGCUCCCGGAGGUCGACAUACUCAUAGUCAACCCGCAGCUGCGAGUGGUAACUUGUCGUAUCCCUCAGCCGAGGAAGGAUUGCGCCAUCAUUCAGGAGGAAGCAUCACAAGUCCGAGUGAUUAUUCUGGAGUAUCUCGGAGUGCCAAUGCAUCCCCAGGCGGUACACCAGCAUGGGAUCCCAGCAGUGUGGGUCUUACAAUGGACAGGAAAUCUAGCGGUGAAAGCCCCGGAUAUGUAGCAGCUGAGAGCUAUUUCAGCUCAAAGUCAAGGCCUGGUGUGACUCGUAUGGAUACGGGAGGAAGUAGCAUAGCAGGUGUUCGUCGUUCAUCGAAAGAGAAUUCGCCUGCCGAUGCCCGGUCCGUACCACGAUUUCCAACAGACGAUCGAUACUCUGGACCAAAUACUCCUUUCUUCGACAGUGUUGAAAAUGCGAAUAAGAGUAAAACUGAUGCAGAAGAUUCCCAAGCCUCAAGUACCUCGUCUGGGCAAGAAAGCCGUACCAAUAAAUCGUCUAAAGAGUCGCUGAUUGAGACUUCAAAAUUCCGUGAACCCAGUCCUCCACGUCAAAAUCCUCAUGAUUCGCCGAGACGGCAGGCUAUAAGAGGUGCUUCUUUUGGCGCUGGCAAGCCUGAUCGUCAGCACACGCAACUACACUCCUACGGUGCGGACUUUGGUGCGACGUUCCAGUCCUUACCGAUAGCAUCAGCUUCAUCGAUAAAAGCCCCCUUCAUCUCCAAACCUUCGCGUCCCGGAUCGUUAACUGUACCUACUGAUAUGCCACCGCCUUCUGAUCGGUUGAAAGGUUUGAUGUUGGAUUCAUUACCUGCACAUGUAUUCGUCGCACUGCCGCAGACGGGUGAAAUAGUAUGGGUGAACAGCCGAUAUCUUACAUAUCGCGGCCAAACCGUUUCCGAGUUAUAUCAGGACCCAUGGGGUAGCAUUCACCCUGACGAAAGAGACGAAUACCUGAAAGCCUGGACCCAUGCGGUGAAGACGGGUGAGCAAUUCUCUCUGCAAGUGCGUAUCAAGCGCUUUGACGGAACUUAUCGUUGGUUUUACACUCGUGCUGUAGGUUCUCGGGAUAUCAGAGGUGUAAUCGUUCAAUGGUACGGCUCUCACAUGGAUAUCCACGACCAGCACAUUGCAGAAGUGAAAGCUGCUCGACAAGAGGAAAUAGAAGCAUCGGAAGCUAAGCAUCGACAAUUGGCGAAUCUGAUACCACAGAUUAUUUUCGCGGCAACAGAAGACGAGGGAGUAACCUUUGCAAACGAACAAUGGCUUUCUUAUACCGGUCAAGACUUUAAUGAUGCCUUGGGCCUUGGUUUUAUGGAUUAUGUACACCCCGAGGAUCUUGCAAAAUGCCAAAUACCCACCGGCAGACCACCGACCCCUUCGACUCGGCCAAAGAAGCCUGCCGAGCCGGUAAGAAACCCAUCUCAGGCAUCUUCGGGUGGUAAAUCGGGGCAGUCAUCGGACCCCUCUGAAGCGCCAACCGAAAAGACAGUGAAAGGAGUCCACCAGACCUUAUCAAGAAACAAUAGCUCAAGCAGCAGUUCUGUAUAUGAAUUUGCCACAGCAGAUUUGUCCGAGUUGGCGAGAACUGGGGUCAUCAAAAUCGCCACAGAUGGUAACGGGAGACUUUCCUACACCACUGAAGUCCGAUUGAGAUCGAAGACUGGAGAGUAUCGUUGGCAUCUUGUACGGUGUGUGGAAGUUGACAACUUUAACCUUGGAAGUGGAGACGGCUCCUGGUUCGGUGCUUGCACGGACAUCAACGACCAUAAAUUGCUGGAAACAAAGCUCAAAGAAGCUAUGGAAUCUAAGAGUAAGUUCUUAAGCAACAUGUCUCACGAAAUCCGAACACCGUUGAUAGGCAUUUCUGGCAUGGUAAGCUUUCUUCAAGAUACUAUUCUCAACGACGAACAGCUUGAUUACACAAAUACAAUUUCAACCAGUGCCAGCAGCUUACUCAACAUCAUCAACGACAUUCUGGAUCUUUCCAAGGUGGAUGCAGGCAUGAUGAAACUGUCAUACGAGUGGUUUCACACACGAUCUCUGGUCGAGGAAGUCAAUGAAAUGGUGUCCACCAUGGCCAUCACCAAAAGGCUGGAACUCAACUAUAUAGUUGACGUUGAUGUUCCUGAAAUGGUCAAAGGAGACAAGUUUCGCAUUCGUCAAGUAUUACUCAACGUUAUCGGCAAUGCAAUUAAAUUCACAACUGUUGGAGAAGUAUUCACUAGAUGCAGGGUAUACACGGAGGACGAUUCACCCCCACUAGUCAAUGAAAUCAUGCUAGAGUACUCUAUUGUGGAUACUGGAAGAGGCUUCACCAAAGAGGAGGCUGAUCUCAUUUUCAAACCUUUCAGUCAAAUUGAUGGGAGCAGUACAAGACAGCAUGGUGGAAGUGGCCUGGGGUUGGUGAUCUCGAGACAGCUGGUUCAACUCCACGAUGGCAAGAUGCAGGGAACUGCGAUACCUGGUAAAGGCUCUACCUUCACAUUCACUGCCAGGUUUGGAUUACCGACUCCGGAAGAUCACCCAGAACCACUUACCACACCUCAACUGAGCAAAGUACCGUCAUCUUCAUCCUCAGUUUCAGUUUCCACCAAUAUGUCCACGCAAUUCAGUGCUAAACAAGCUGCCAGUAACCCGCCCCUGGCUACCAGAAUGUUACACUCACCUGCCGUCUUGACGGAGAGUCCGAAGACCGAGUCAAGUGCCGGCUCGCCAGCUGUAGUCUCGUCCGGGAGCUCAGAGCCAUCUUUCUCCUCUGGUCGAACUCGCCUCACAGACAGAUCCUCAGGAUCUUCUCUUGUUCAGAGCCUGACCCAUUUUGGCGAGGUUGCCCGAACAGUUACUCCGGAAAAAAUGAAGUUAGAACUUCCUGAUAAGCACUCUUCAUUGCCCUCACCACCGCUUGAGCCUACUCCUCCACCCGCUGCUGCAAAUAUUGCGUCGACUCAUUCAGACUCACAUACCGCACGACAUAUCAGUGGCUCCUUGCCAGACUUGAAGCAUUUCCGACCCCUGAUGUACUCAAUACUACUCAUUUGUCCGCAAACCCACAGUCGCGAGGCGACGAGGCAGCAUAUUGAGAUCACUCUACCAAAGGACAUCCCUCAUCAAAUAACUCCACUUGCAAGUGUUGAGGAGGCUCGAAGUCUUAUCAGCGGAGAUGAUUCUGUCAAUUUUACUCAUAUUGUCUUGAACCUUGGGUCUGCCGAGGAGAUAGUGCAAUUGAUCGACCAAUUAAUCAUAUCGGUGAUGUUACCUCAGACUUCGAUCGUUGUUUUAUCAGAUCCAGUACAGCGACAAGAAGUGAUCAAGAUGGCUCAUGCAUACGACUACGACCGGAUGGCUAAGGAUAAUCGUCUCACGUUCAUCUACAAACCUGUCAAGCCGUCAAGAUUUGCUGUGAUUUUUGAUCCGGAUAAAGAAAGGGAUUUGAGUACUGACCGCAAUCGUUCAAGCGCCCAGCAACAUGUUGCAAGUCAAAAACAACAUUAUCUUGAUGUUGGCCAGCGUCUUGGCAACAAAGGACUCAAGAUCCUUUUGGUAGAGGACAAUUUAGUAAACCAGAAAGUUCUUUUAAAGUUCCUGAGUAAGGUGGGUAUUGCAGUUGAAUUAGCGAUGGAUGGAGUCGAAUGCACAGAAAAAGUGUUUAGUAAACCUCAUGGAUUCUAUUCUUUGAUCUUGUGCGAUCUCCACAUGCCUCGAAAGGACGGCUACCAAACCUGUCGCGAAAUCCGCGAGUGGGAAGAACAUAAUUCCAAUGCAAAAAUGCCAAUAAUCGCCCUCUCGGCAAAUGUCAUGGCUGAUGUGUUGGAGAAAUGCAUCCAGGCGGGCUUCAAUAGCUAUGUCACCAAACCGGUCGACUUCAAGGAAUUGAGUAAAGCUAUGAGCACACUGCUAGAUGCAGAUCCGACUAAUCCGCUCAUGGAUCCGGGUGUUUUAAUGAAGGCGCCGGUUGGGAAUUGA